CUGCAAAGAUACGUGCAGGGAGUACAAGUCGCAGUGGCGGACGGGUGGACCAAGGGCGCCUUCAACAAAAAAAAACGUUUUGGAAUGUUCAGAUAGAGAUGUCAUGAAUAGAUGCAACAUGAUUCCUUGGUCUUGUUCUUCUAUAUAUUUAUAUCUGAAACGUUCGACAACGUUUGGUAACUGAACGUGGCCCAGGGAACAGACAAAACAGAGAAGCGCGACUCGCCCUGGAUCCUCAGGCCAGAAUCCACCACAGUCCAGCAGUGGUCCUCUGAUUUGGCAUGCACCUGGAGUAACAGCUGUCAAGCUAGCAACUACCUGAAAACUGCAAAUACCGCCAGACAGACAAACCGCAGGAGACGAAGAGGAAGUUGGUGGAGGAUUGUCAGGGCAUGCAUAUUUUCAUCAAGUAGUCUCUGUCCACCGUUAUUCAGAUUAGUACUCAUCACACAGACCCCUACCAGUCAACAUGGAGGAUGAACUGAUAUUCAGUAUGGAUGAGGUGGGCAGUGCCCAACGUAACCCACUGCAACAGAGGACCCCUGAUCAACGGGCCCCAUCUCUAAGUAACGCUUACGAUAGCGACGAGGACGACUACUACAUCUGUCCAAUCACAGACGACCCUGUCAGCCAGGCCGAAGACAUCUGUGGCUAUUUAAAGAAUCUCGUCCACAGCAAGCAGCUGUCUAACUCCCCCAAAAACUCCUUCUCCUACAAGAAUGAAACGGAGAAAGAAAUUCCACAACAGUCUGUCGGGUUUGGGGCGUUUUCUGACAAUGCACGGGCGGUGUGGAAAAGAGCCAUAGAGAAGGCCAAGGCCAUGCCUGACCCAUGGGCUGAGUUUCACCUGGAAGAAGUCAAGACAGAGCCAUGCAUACGAUACAGGUACAAUGCAAUCACGGCGGCAUGGUCUCAAGAUACAGUGCACAUCAAGGUUUCUGGCCAGCCUUUUGGACGCGGGGCCAUGAGGGAAUGCUUCAGAACGAAGAAGCUGUCUAACUUCUCCCAUAGUAGUAACUGGAAGUGUGCGUGUAACUAUGUGACGAAGCGCUACAUGGAGCCUGUGGACAGGGAUGUGUACUUUGAGGAUGUCAGGCUGCAGAUGGAGGCCAAACUCUGGGGAGAAGAGUACAACCGCCACAGGCCACCCAAACAGGUGGACAUCAUGCAGAUGUGUGUGAUUGAGAUGAUGGAGCGUCCAGGUAAACCUCUGUACCACCUGGAACACUACAUAGAGGGGAAGUACAUCAAAUACAACUCCAACUCUGGCUUCGUCAAGGAUGACAACAUCAGGCUCACUCCACAGGCAUUCAGUCACUUCUCGUUUGAACGUUCGGCCCACCAGCUGAUCGUGGUGGACAUCCAGGGGGUGGGGGACCUCUACACGGACCCUCAGAUCCACACAGAGAGGGGGACAGACUUCGGAGACGGAAACCUGGGUGUGCGGGGCAUGGCACUGUUCUUCCACUCCCACCUGUGUAAUAAGAUAUGUAAGAGUAUGGGGCUCACACCCUUUGACCUCUCCACUGCAGAGAAAAGCCAUCUAGACUGCACCAACACACUGCUGAAGUCGGCCCAGACGGUACUGAGGGGUAGUGAGGAACAGUGUGGUUUCACUCGUUUUCGUACUAUAUCAGGGGGCCGUGUGCCCCCACUUCUCUCCCACCUGUCAGAGACCUCGUCUGGGGAUGACUCUAUGAGUGACAUAAGUGACUCCAUCCCCUGCUCGCCCCUCGCCUUCCCCGGCUCUCCACUAGGACAGCACUUCUCUAUGGGCUCCAUGGGCAGGUCUCCUCUGGGUUGGUCUUUCAUAAAUGAGAUGGAUGAACGGGAGAAACACAACCGCAGCCACAGCCCAGAACACAAGGACUCAGAGAAUGGAGGAGACAGUGGUUGUCCAAGUGAGAGGAGGAGUGAAGGGGACCCAACCGACCAUGCAGAUGGGGCCCGCCCCCACCGCUACAACAGAUACUACUCUGAGUCGGACGAGGACAGUGUGAGACGGCUGACAGAUGAUAAAUGGAGUGUCUACCACUCGUCUCGUUCUCAUGUCCACCGGCCAUCCUGUGUUGCUGUGGAGAUGGAAAGACUUGACUCGCUGAUCCUGGAGAGGAAGAUUGGCAAGUCCAUCCUGGGGAAGGUGCACCUGGCGAUGGUGCAUUACCACGAGGCUGGUCGGUUCUGUGACAAGGAGGAGCAGUGGGACCAGGACUCAGCCAUGUACCACCUGGAGAGAGCCGCCAUGUGUGGGGAACUAGCGGCUAUCGUUGCCCUGGGACAGUGUUACCUACAGCUGCCACACCAUAUACUGUCAGAGAUGGAGCUAGAGGACAACUCAGGGAGCCGUAUGAAGGGCUUUAAGUUCCUUCUGCAGGCUGCUGAGGCAGGACACAGAUCCUGCAUGAUCCUGGUGGCCAGGGCCUUCGACACCGGCAUCAACCUCUCACCAGACAGGUCCCAGGACUGGAAGGAGGCGAUGAGAUGGUACAACUGUGCCCUGAACAUGACAGACUAUGAUGAGGGGGGCGAGUUUGACGGCAUGCAGGACGAGCCUUGCUACCAGCUGCUGGCCAGAGAGGCUGAGAUGUACCAGGAGGGGGGCCACAGCCUGGACCCAGACCCUCAGAGAGCAGGUGAUCUGUUCACAAAGGCAGCAGACUCAGCCAUGGAGGCGAUGAAGGGCCGACUGGCCAACCAGUACUAUAUGAAAGCAGAGGAGGCCUGGGGCAUGAUGGAGGAAGAGGAGUAGGAGACGGGCUGGCACUCUGCAAGGCCAAAGGAAUUGGCUAAAGCAGAAACAAGCUGGCACCCAGGAUAAUGUUGUGAUGGAUUUUCCUCCCUAAUGGUUUAAAGUUUACAGACACAUUUACUGUGUGAUUUCCAAAAUGCUGUGUGAUUGUUUGAUCUGUAUAUGACCUUUUAUGCAGCCAUCCUCUAGCCUAGCUAUCUUUCUUGGUGCUUCAGAGGGAAUUAUGUCUGGUCCUUGCCUUGUACAUUUUUCCCCUUUUCUAUUCCUGUCCCCCAUUGCCCUUUGGACUAAUGAAUAUGGUUGCAUUUCAGAGGCAAUUUACCUAACUAAAAAUAAGCCAUUCAAACGAGAAAAGUACACUUCCUAAAAAAGAAUGUGCUUUCUAGCUUAAAGGGAUAUUUUAGGAUUUUUUCAAUGAGGCCCUUCAUCUACUUCCCCAGAGUCAGAUGCACUUGUGGAUACCAUUUUUAAGUCUUUGUGUCCAGUAAGAAGGAUGUUGGAGGUAGUUUUGUGUGCCAAUGCUACCUAGCAUUAGCACAAUGACAAAGUCUAUGGGUAUCUGCUAGCAUGCUAGUAGAUACCCAUAGACUUAGUCAUUGUGUUAAAGUUAGCCGUGUUAAUAUUUGUAGCUGAAAUUGUUACAGAUAAUUAGCAUUGUAAGUGUCUACCAUUGUGUUCUUACGGUUGGCAUUGAAUUCAUGAUGGUUUAUACAAAUGAAUUGAAGUUGGUAUAGCCUAAAUAUUUUGAAGUUGGUAUUGUAGUUUAUUCCAUGGGUCUCAUUCAAACCCAUGUUAAUAUAUGGUAAUGUGAAAUGGUUAUAGUAUAAAAAAAAUCUGAAUGCAAGCAUGCUAAGUUGAUUUCAAAGUCUGGUUGGAGUUGAUAGCUAAGCAUCCCGACACUGUACAGCAUCCCUUUCUCAAGGCGUGCUUCAGUUCGGCUGGCCCUUAGCCAAACUCGGCUAGCCAAACUGAACUAGUGUGCUCACAUACACCCUUAAAACACAUUCGCUCGAAAAACAGAACGAAAAGCGCCAAUAGUACUGUUUGUCCAUUUUGAGAUGAAGUAGCAAGUUUACACUUCUUCAGAAUAGUCAGAAAUAAUCUAAGAUAACUCAAGAAAUGUCAUUCAUUUUGAUGUUUUUGCCUAGGAGAUCUUAGAACUGCAAUUUUACAUCUAACUAGGAUGUUUGGUGCAGUAUUAUUUUAUGAAAACGAGUCAUCUCUCGUUGAAUGACAGACAUUAUGGAAGAAUCCCUACUGUUGACCUACAGUAGACUUCGUUCGGCUCCAAACAUCGGCUUGCCUUGAGAAAGAAAUGUGUGCCCGAACAGCCGGGAAAAAACGAAUCGAAGUCCGAAACGUCACAAAAUGUCGUCAUAAUAUAUGCACGAACUGUUUCGGCUGGAAAGUGUGCAGAUGCCUUUUAAAAAUACGGUGACAAUUUCAGAAAUGAAACUGUUACUGCAAGUUCAGGUGAACAAAAAACAACUAAAAUAUAUGAAAAUGUCUAUACAUUUCAGCUAUUUCAAAAACAUUGCUCUGCUAUUAGUAUUUUUACUGUAUAAAUGUUGGGCUCAACGAGAAAAUUCUGCUUACACUGCCCUGCUUAGAGGGGGGCAACGGUCGGCCGAGUGUCGUGUGCGACCUCCGGAGGUAGCGUUCGAGACGUGAGAAAUGUGCAAGUUUACAUUACGAUUAUGUCUCUCGAGAAUCCCUCAAUUCUCCUUAAUACUCUUCAAUGAGAAUAGACCCUUAAAAGGUUCAAGUGUUCAAGGUUCAGGUGUUUUGACUUUUGACUAAAAGGGCCAUUAACUAAAAGGUAAUGGUCCUUUUAUUGCCAUUAAAUGCAUUGGAGAUCAUGUAAAAAAAAAAAUGUAGUUCAAAAAGUAUAAAUGCUCUAAAAUGAAUACAUUCUCAAGCAAUCUAAGUUUGGGCUGGUUGUAUGUUUUUAAAGUUUUGAGUUCAUAACUUAAAUCGUUUAAGCUCUAGAGCGGGCGGAAGAUAUCCAAUAAUAAGAAUGCAUAUUACAUUUUAAGAAAUCUAGAGUGGUCGUGCCUUCAGCAAGCACAUUAAUUAAUGUUUGAUUCAUGAAAUAAAAAUUUCUUGAACAAAUGUUGUUUACUUUGUUGGUUUUGCCUAACACUUUUGUAAUAGAGGGCACUUGUUGCAUUGUUUGCAUACUUGUGUAUAUGAAUGCAUGGAAGUAGCUAUAUGUAAAUGUCUUGACUUUGGAAUAAAUAUGAUUUUAUUGCA